AUGACCGCAUCGACCUCUAGAGCAGAGAUUUCUACUGCAACCUCCGAUAUCUCGAAUGUUCCUUCUAUCGACGAAUACACCUUGCUGGCAGACGAAGCGCUCAAUGAGACAUUUGAUGACUCGAGCUUUCCUUAUCCCGACGAAUACUUCAUGCUGGCAGACGAAGCCAAUGGGGCAUUUGACGACUCGAACUUUCCUCUUGCCGACGAAUACUUCAUGCUAGAUCCUCCUCAGAUUCAAGCUUGA